AUGGAGGAAGAGAAAUUGAAAUUGCCACUCGAGCUGAUAACAAAAAUAUUGGAAUAUACCCCGAAUCCGUUCUGCACAAAUCACCUGUUACUAUGCCGGGGCAUAUACUGGUCUUUUUUGUGGAAGGUCUACAGCCAGCCCGAGCUUGUGUCUAACAAUUUAUAUCCAGACGAAUCGAACAAUUUUGUUCCCAAAAACUUGAAACUUCUGAUGAAGAGAAAGUUCCAAAACAUGGUGAAGUGUCUCGAUUUAUCAAGAGUCGUACAAUCGGGUAAAAACUCCUACAUGAGUAAACUACUUCGACGGACUAGUAGCUCUCUAGAAAUUUUCAUUUCUUCCCAGUCAAGUUUUGGGGCCGCUCCACUAGUUAGCAUAAAAAGUUGUUUCAGGUUAAAAGUGUUAGAUUUAAGGCUAGUUUCUGAAAGUGUCAAUCUAGCAGAGCUGUUCAAAAGUAUCCAAUGUUUGCCUGAGCUAGAACAAUUAUGUUUUCCUCGAAGCUCCGUGACCUGUGACGAGUUUGAUUUCCAAUGGCCUCAAAAAUUGUGGUAUUUGAGAUUACAGGGAGGUAUUACAGACUUUUUUGCAGCUAACGUGCGUUUCCCCGAGACCAUCACUUGUUUGGAAUUUGCACAUUGUUCUCACCUAACCAGGACGGGUUUGGACGAUAUUCUAUCUCAUAUUGGUAUCAACUUAACAAGGUUAUCAAUCACAUAUCCAAUGCCAAAAAUAGGAGACGAUGGAGCGGACCGUUCGUUCUGGUUCUGUCCAAAUCUGAAAAGCUUCUUUGUCGAUAUCGCCUAUAUUUCUUGGGAGCUUUUUAGUGAAGAAUUGUUAGUCAUUUUGAAGGAAUACGACCGACCUUUGAGGAGCAUGACGAUUGAGAGCACCGGUUACAUGGGCAUGUGUGAAAAGCUCUCUCCUAACGACAUCACCAUCGCGGUUGAUGAGGAACGGUUGCCCUGUUUCGAGAGGCUUGGGUUGAGUGCGAUGCUUGGUUGGGAUUUUAAGAGCGAUGAUAUGAACGACAUGAUCAGCGAGUUGGAUCAUCAUAAUAUUGAGGUUUUCAAGGUCUGA